CGGUACUGUUCAAGCUGAAGCUGAAAAAGGAGUACAAUCGGUUGCAAGCUACUUAAUAGCGUACCGUGCGGUACUAUUCGAACUGUGCAGUGCGGUACCCGCGGCAUUGCCCGUUAUCCCCUCCCAUUUGCAAUGUAAAUGCCCGCGCUCUCUACAAAUGCCGCGCGGCGACUGUUACAAACAAGCCUUCCAGCGGCGCUGGAGGCGCUGGAGCGCAACCUCUUCGCGGAUCGCGCCUCCUAUCCGCCGCUCCUCCACCAAUGCGGGCGGGAGAAAUCCCUCGACUCCGCCAAGCGAAUCCACGCACAUCUCACGCGCAGUGGAUUCAAGGACGACAUCUUCCUCGCCAAUCUCCUCGUCCAGACCUACGCGCGCUGCUCCAGCCUCGCCGACGCGCGCCGCGCCUUCGAUUCCAUCCCCUGGAAGAACUCCCACUCCUGGAACAUCGUCAUCGCGGCGUAUGCCCAGGCCGGGCACUUGGACGAGGCACUGGAGCUCUUCGAUCGGAUGUGGGAGCUGGGUGCUGGGCCGAUCCAUCGCCCCAUCCUCACGCUCCUCCUCCGCGGGAUCCCCAGCCUGGAAUCCCUGCGCUCGCUCCACGAUCGCACGCGAAUCGAGUGCUCCAGCGAUCGCGUCCUCGCCACUGCGCUGGUGAGGAGCUAUGGCGGAUUUGGGCGCUUGGAGGAGGCGAAGAGGGCUUUCGACGAUUACCAGGGCGAGAGGGACGCUUGCUGCUGGACGUCUCUCAUCGCGGCAUACACCCAGAAUUCGCGACCCAGGGAGGCGCUGGAGAUCUUCCGGGCGAUGGAUUCUCCACCGGACGAGAUCGCGUUCGUCACCGCGGUAGAUGCCAGCGCCCUGGCGAGGGAUCUCCGCCAGGGGGAGUGGCUCCACUGCCGGAUCGCGCAAGAGGGGCUGCUCCACUGCCAGAUCCUUGCAACCGCUCUCCUCACGCUCUAUGGCCGCUGCGGGAAGAUCGAUCGCGCGAAAGAGAUCUUCGAUCAUUGGCUGUUCUUGCGGGAUCUGGUGGCCUGGAACGCGAUGAUCGCGGCGUAUGCCCAGAACGGGCAUGGCGUUGCCGCGAUCGAGACCUUCUCGGCGAUGGAUCUCGCGCCCAAUGCCAAGACCUACGCGACGGUCCUGGAUGCGUGCGCGAGCGUGGGCGCGAUCGAGACUGGGCAACACAUCCACUCGUUGAUCAAUCCCUCGAUGCUCAAGGGCGAUGCUGUCAUCGGCACUGCGAUGAUCAAUCUCUACGCGAGAUCCGGGAUGAUAGAUUUCGCAAAGCGGUUGUUUGAUUCAGUUGUGACAAGAGAUCCAGUGGCGUGGAGCUCCAUGAUCGCAGCAUUUGCCCAGAAUGGGCAUUCUUGCGAUGCGCUAGAUCUUUUCCGUGAGAUGACCGACGAGAAGGAGAUCUCUCCCGAUGCGAUUACGUUCUUGGGCGUGCUCGCAGCGUGCAGCCACGGCGGGCUCAUUGAUCACGGCAUCAAACAAUUCGUGUCGAUGAUCCAGGAGUUCGAGAUCAAGCCAGCGAGGGAGCACUUUGGAUGCGUGAUCGAUCUCCUGGCAAGGACCGGGCGGAUCAGUGAUGCAAUCGAGCUCUUGUAUGCCAUGCCCUGUGUUGCAAACGAGGUGGUCUGGACCUCGGUGAUGAACGCGUGCCGUAUCCACGGCGACAUGGAGCAGGGGAUGGUGGCAGCAGAGGAGGUGAUGAUGCGAGAGCCUGAGAACCCUGAGGCCUAUAUUGCCAUGGCUGGAUUUCUUGUGCAAGGUCGACUCCACGAACUUACACUUCUCAAGUUUACAGUGAAGCCUCAACAGCCUGAUACCUACGCUGUAGCAGAUGCUGCGUCAAUCAGCUCGCGGUCUUCUCUCGCUCGAUGGGCGCUGCCGAAAGAUCGAUCUUCAACUUGGAACGCAAUGUAUGCCCAAGACGGGCAUGGCGUCGAAGUGCAAGCGCCGCACUCUAGCCCACUGACGCUACUCCCCGACCGUGGUCGCGCUACUAGGGCUUCAGCGAUUUCACAGCCAGAUGCUGAAUGGGGAUGGGAUUCUGAUCGCCUCAAUAACUUCACCUUGAGUGUUGUCACGAGGCUAAAGAAUGCUAGAAACGAUUGGAAAUCGCUCAUUCUUGACGCAGCUCCUGAGAAAAAUAAGAAAGUCCAGCAUGCGUAUCGUGUGCUCUUUCAGGGAGGGUUGUUGGCGUGCAAUGGAGCGGCUCCAGAGGAUCAUCUCCAGCGGCGCUGGCGGGGCGGGCGGCGGUGGCAUGCCUCACCCCGAUUCGCCCCUCGUCGACACGUCCGAGCAGGGAGAGCUGGAGUCCCCAUGGAAGUCAUGGGACUGAUGCUUGGGGACUUUGUGGACGAGUACACUGUUCGCGUGGUGGACGUCUUUGCGAUGCCUCAGAGCGGUACUGGCGUGAGUGUGGAGGCCGUGGAUCCAGUGUUCCAGACUAAGAUGAUGGACAUGCUGAAGCAAACAGGACGCUUUGAAGCUUUGAAUCAAAGAGCUGUGGCAGUGGUGGUGGAUCCGAUUCAAAGUGUGAAAGGCAAAGUCGUGAUCGACGCGUUUAGGCUGAUAAACCCGCAGACUAUGAUGCUUGGUCAGGAGCCGAGGCAAACGACUUCGAAUCUCGGUCAUCUCAACAAGCCCUCUAUUCAGGAAAUGCUCGAUCUUGCCGUCAAGUAUAACAAGGCAGUCCAAGAGGAGGACAAGCUCUCCCCCGAGAAGCUCGCGAUUGCAAACGUUGGAAGGCAAGACGCGAAGAAACAUCUCGAUGAAAACGUUGCCAACCUCAUGUCUUCCAACAUCGUCCAGACACUCGAUCUUCAAAUGAAAGUCUGGGUUUUAGACACAUCGAUUGCACCUUCUCCUCUCAAUCGCAUUCCCAAUCACGAUUUGCCCUCGCACUACGUCCAGAUCUUAAAAUCGUGCCGUGAUCUUCACCAAGGCCGGAAACUCCACGCGGAAAUUCGCAAUGCCAUCGACCUCACCAACGAUCGAUUCGUGGCCAACUUUCUCAUGGACAUGUACGGCAAAUGCGGGAGCCUCGUCGACGCACAGCGCGUGUUCGACGAGAUCACAUAUCCAAAUGCCUACUCCUGGAAUAUCCUGAUCACCGCAUAUGCCCGAAACGGGCAUCUUGACAAAGCAACGGACAUGCUCCAUACGUCGCCAUGCAACAUUGCAUCGUGGACGUUCAUGAUCGCUGCGUUCGGUGAAAAAGGUGAUAUACAGAAAGCGCUAGAUAUUUUCGAGAGCAUCCCUGAAAAGAAUGUCGUGGCAUGGAACGCGAUGAUCAAUGCAUAUGCCCAAACCGGGCAUAUGGACAAAGCGAGAGCGCUGCUUGAAAAGAUGGAAAGCCCCAAUGACCGGACAUGGACGACAAUCGCAUCAGCAUACGCAAGAGCUGGAAAUAUCCUCCAGGCAAGAAAAUACUUCGAAAAUAUCAAGCACAAGACCGUCGUCUCGUGGACAGCGAUGGUUCGAGCAUUUGCCACAAACGGGCAUCUUGACGAGGCUUUGAAAAUCUUUGAGGAGAUGCCGCAAAAGAACGAAGUUUCCUGGACGACGAUCAUCCAGGCCCUCGCUGAGUCCGGAAGGAUCCAAGACGCUCGGAGAAUCUUCGACGACAUGCCCGUUAAGGACGAGAUCGCCUGGAACACGAUCCUGCAAGCAUAUUCCCGCCUCGGGAAUCUCCUCGAGGCACGCAAGAUCUUCGACCGAAUCCCUCACAAGUCAAUCGUUUCAUGGACGACGAUGUGUUUCGCAUACGUCGAGUGCGGCAACCAUCUCGAGCAAGCUCGCGAGUUCUUCGACAGAAUGCCGCACAGGGACCGCGUCGUGUGGACCGCCAUGGUCGAGGCAUAUUCCCGGGAAGGGUAUCUCCACGAGGCCAAGAGCAUCUUCGACCAAAUGCCGCAGCGCGACGUCGUCUCCUGGACCGUGAUGCUCUCGGCAUAUGCCCAAAACGGGAAUCUGGCCGUGGCAACACAGAUGCUCGACACCAUGCCGGAGCAAAACGUGGUAUCUUGGACGAAUCUCCUGCAGGCCUACGGCAUCCACGGCCACACGCAGCAGGCCCGCGCUCUCUUCGAAUCCCUGCCGUUCAAAAACGUGGUUGCAUGGACGACCCUGAUGUCGAGCUACACUCUCAAUGGCGGCCUUGGAAUCGCGAGACUCUUGUUCGAUAGAAUGCCCGAGUUGGAUGUAGUGACUUGGAACACCAUGAUCCAAGCAUAUGCCCAAAACGGGCAUGCCCCCUUGGCGCUGGAGCUCUUCCACGACAUGGAAAUGGACGGCCUGGUUGCAAACUCCGUCACCUUUGUCAACGUUUUGAGCGCUUGCCGGCACUUGGGCCUCGUCCGCGAGGCUCGAAACUACUUCCACUCCAUGAGGCUUGGAGGGAUCUUGCCAAACGUGGAGCACUACCACUGCAUGGUGGACGCGCUGGGGCGGGCCGGAAAGACGCGAGAGGCCGAGGAUCUGAUUGCGAGCAUGCCGUUUACCACCGAUGAGAUCGCGUGGACGAGCCUGCUCAGCGCUUGCAAGCUCGACGUCGAUCCGGCAGCCCUGGGAGCCCAGCUUGCGAAGAAGGUGGUCGAGAAAGAGCCCGGUCUCGGGGAUUCGUACUUUGUGACCUUCUCGAGCAUCCUCAAGCUCGCAAAGGAUGAAGGAGCUCUUGCAAAAUAGCGGAGAAUCAGCAAAAAUGUUCUUUCAUUAAAAUGCAGUGAAGGUUACUGACUGGUGAGUUUCUUUCAUUGCUAUCGAUUUGCUCGGUAAAUCCUGCUUCACAAACAUUAAGAGCGUCAUUAGCAAGUGAGCUGACAAGAGUGACUUUCUCAUUACCUCUAGUGGAAAGUCCGCACAGCAGGAAAAAAA